AAUUAGCAAAUAGCAACACUGCCGCGGGGUAUUUACUUAUCGGAAAUAGCUCUACAAAUAACUUAAUUUUUUUUUAUAAUAUACAUAUUUCACAAUUUAUUUAACCUAAAACGUAUCUAAGACAACUAAUUUUAUUACUAUUUCUAAUGUGAUCGUUCUUUAUGUUAGUGUAAUAAGGAAAAAUACCCACUCCGCCCGUGUGGUGACAUUCAUUGCCUUUGUGUUUGUGCAGUUGAUAAAGAGUUCUGUAAAAUGACUUCUUUGAAAAGCAAAUUAGCAGAAUUCUUGAAGGGGUUAAAGUCAGAUGCGAAACCCCAAGCCCCGCGGCCAUCGACAGAACCCAGGGAAAAUCCACAACCUGAGCAAAAUGAAAAUGACGCACCUUCGGAUAGUGAACCUGAAGAAAUCAUUAUAGAAGAUAUGGACGAUACGAAGAAAAAGAAAAAGGCAAGUUACAAGAAACCGUUCUUUAGCUCUAAACCUGGUGCAUUCCCUGAAAAGAAAAAAGACAAGAAUACCAAAGACGAUUACAGCAACUUUGUGAAUACUCAAGCCACUGGUGAUGUAAUCAAUAUUGUAGGCUGUAACAAUUUCCGCUGGGGUAAUAAUUAUUAUUUGGGGAAUACUAAGAAACAGGCUCCUCCUAAGAAAUAUUUCCAAGAAGAGGAAGACAGCGAACCAGAAGAUGACAUUCAGAAAUGCAACUUAAUCAAACUGCUAUUUGAAGCCGAAAAUAAGCCAGAACAUGAGUACCUGGACUACAUUUCCCAAAACAUGAAUGAAAAGUGGCACAGAUUCUUUGUGAAACUAGGUUUUACUCCAGGAAGGAUCAAAACAUCCAUCAUAGAUAAUGCCAGUUAUGGAAUUUCUGAGGCUCGAUACGCAUUGCUACUUGAGUGGGUGAAUAAAAAACGGGACUCUAAUCUUGGACAGCUAUCGAAUUUAUUGUGGAAACACGGCGAAAGGCGAAUUGUCAAAGAAUUAGCCAUUAUGUACUCUGCAAGCAAGGCCAAAUCUGAUGAUGAAUAGAAAGAGAAUUUAUAUGAAGUGUGCUUUCUAAAAGCAUGACACUGUUUACUUAUUACUUUAUAUUAUGUAUAUUGAAGAUGCAGUACUAAGUACACCAAUUAUUUUGUUUUUAUCACUCAAUGUGAAGAGUUUUGAGAAGUAUAUUGCUCGGCAAAUUUGAGUAUGGUUAUUGUUAUAAGAGGUAUUUUAUUGUAACUGUAAUUUGGUAACUAUUUGAGUUAUAAUUUUAUAGAGAUUAUUAAAAAAAAUAUUGACAUGAUUGUUGGAUAAAAUUGAAAUUAUGAUUUACAUACUUAAUAAAUUUUUAACUAUUGUGAUUGUAUAAAAUAUUCUUUUUUCAAUUAUCAGAUAAUAAUUAUUUAUAUGAUAACACAAUAUAAAUGAGUAAAAAAUGUCAAUUACAAAAUAAGCAUAAUGUUUGAAGCAGUAGUGUUAUAAAUUAUUUGAUAAUCAACUUUUGUCUGAUGAUUGAAAAAUAAGGAAAUAGAAAAUUAUUGAAAAACUAAUGGGUAAUGUUAUGACAUUGUAUGAUACAUUAUAUAAGAUACCUUAUAAUUUUGCUAAGUUUAGACUAGCAAGUUCUUGGUCAAUUGCGAAAGAAUUUCCAGAUGCGUUUACACUAGCAGCAAUAUUCCAAUAGUUCUAUAGACAUGCAACUUGCUGCAAGUCCUACAAGCUUCAAAAUUUACUGAAAUCAUUCUGCCAUACUUUUAUACACUAAAAAUGGCGUGAAAUACAAAAAAAAAAUAAAUUCCAAUGUCUUUCAUUCGCGUCAACAUGAGUAAUCAAUAUGAAAAAAGUUGACUGCAAGUUUUCUUGCUAAUCUAAACCUCGCUUAAUACCUCCAGUAAGAGUAACCUGUUGAUGUGAUAUAACUGCAACAAAGAAAUGGUUUAAAUAUGUGUAAUUAUUUUGUCAUCAAUGUUACAUAAACUUUUUUUUAUACCAGGUCAAUAUUGUCAAAUGCACAAUUCCAUUCCAGAAUUUGAAUUUUAAUAGUAUUGUGGAGCUUACAGUAGUAACUAGUAAAGUGAUAUCUGCUAUACAUAUUUCGUAAUUCACGUUUUGUUACGUAUUUUGGCAUAAAAUGUGAUAUUAGGCUAGUCGAAAUUUUACAAUUUACAGUGUUUUGAUAGUAUAUUAUUUUGUAUACAGAAUGACUAAUAAAAACUGUUUGAAAAA